UGUCAACAUUGUCAACAUUUUUUCUGUGAUUUCGUUGUUACGUUACUUGUUUUUUUAUGUUAUAAAUAUGAGAAAAUUCCGUUUAUACACAAAAUAACACAUCGUUCUUGAAAUGUUAACGGACUCCAACUCCUUAGAUCUUUAUUGAAAGCGGCAUCAAUCAAAAAAACCGGUCUAAAAUGACGAGUGCUACUAUUCAGGAAAUUGAAGGGAUAGAUGACUACUGGGGUCCGGCGUUCCGUUCGGUGUACGAAGGGGACGGACAUGAGGCGUUUGUGCAGCAACUUGACGAGCGCAUCAAGCAACAUGACAAGGAGAUCGAGAAACUAUGCAACUUCCACUACCAGGGCUUCAUUGACUCAAUCCGUGAGUUGCUCCAAGUCCGCUCACAUGCAGAAGAGCUGCAUGGUGAGAUAUCAAAUGUGGAUGCCAAUGUCAAGGAGACCACAGAAGGUCUCUGCUCCCGGGCCGAGGAGUUGAUCAGGGCACGGCGUGUGGAGCUGAACAUCGCAGCCACUAUUGAGAAGAUGGAGCUCUGCCUCCCGCUACUUACUACUUACUCCAAGUUGAAGACCCAGGUCGACGCUAAGAGAUACUACCCAGCCUUGAAGACCCUCGAACAACUAGAACACGUUCUCCUCCCGCGCGUAGGACCUUACAAGUGGUGCGCGCAGAUCGCGGCCGCCAUCCCGCGGCUGCGGCAAGCCAUCCGCGACGCCUCCAUGGCCGACCUCAGGGGGUUCCUGGAGAACAUACGCCGGCUCAGUCCGCAGGUUGGUGCGAUGGCGUUGAAGCAAACUCAAGACAUGCUUGGAAGGAGCUUGGCUACUAUAGUGAAAACUAAGAAAGACAUGGCCGUCCUCGGCAUCGCUCGAGAGAACUUGGGACCGCAGUGUCCGCACGAGCUGGUGGACUUCAGCCCGCUGCACCGCUGCCUGCACAUCCACGGCGUGCUGGGUGCCAAGAACGACUUCAUACAGUACUACAGAGCUCAGCGCAAGCAGCAAGCGCGUUUGGUGCUGAUCCCUUCGGGUAACCUUCACGACAACAUACAAAGCGUCAAGAGUUACCUCAACGCAGUGCUGGGAUUCUUUAUUCUGGAGGAGCAUCUUCUUAGCACUGGCGCGGGGCUGGUUUCCAAGGAUUGGCUUCUAGACACGUGGAGUAUGUCCGUGACUAAAGUAGCUUCGACUCUACGGACAAAUACUUCGCUCAUCACAGACCCAACCCUCAUGUUGAGCAUCAAGCAUCAGAUAGUGCUGUUCAUUAACACGCUCAAAUGCUACGGGCUGCCCGCGGAUCCGCUCCCACUACUCCUUCAGGAGAUGGCGGAGCACUAUACGGAGGUGCUGAUGCAGCGGUGGGUGGUCGUGUUCAGGGAUAUUCUCGACAACGCCACCUUCUCACCUAUUGAGGUGGCCGAUCAAGAGCAAUACGAUGGUGUAAUGGACACAUUCCCUUACGACGGGGAAGAAUUGGAAGCUCAGGGUUUCCCCAGGAAGUUCCCAUUCUCGUCAAUAGUCCCCUCGGUGUACGUGCAGGUGAAGGAGUUCAUAUACGCGUGGCUGAAGUACUCGGCCGGCCUCGGCCUCGGCGGGGGCCGACGCGCGGCCGCGGCGCGGCACUCGGCCUCGCUGCUGCUGAGCCGCUCCUUCACGGGCUGCCUGUCGGCCUUGUUCCGACAUCCACUGCCGCUGAUGCAACUUGUCCAGAUAAUCGUGGACACCCACUAUCUGGAAGACGCGACCAUAUGUCUCUACGAGUUCAUUAGCAACAUCACUGGUUCAGAGCUUGUCACUACACAGGCUGCAGGCAGCAUGUUCCAAGCGGCCCGCGACGACGCAGAGAAACAAAUCUGCGACAACCUCGAAAAGAAAGUCGACGAGUUCCUCGACCUCGAGAACUAUGACUGGUUGCUGGUCGAAGCGACCGGACAGGGCUCGGCAUUUGUUACAGACAUGCUAAGUUAUUUGUCCGGGGUACUGACUUCUUUGGAACAGCUACCAGAACGGGCCAGAGUGGCAGCAGUCCGCGCAGCGACCAACCGCAUCGCGACCCGCCUCCGCAACCUGCUGCUCGACCCCGCCGUCAAGCAGAUCUCCUCCGGAGCCCUGCACCAGCUCGACCUGGACGUCAUGCAGUGCGAGCAGUUCGCCGCCGGCGAGCCCGUGCCCGGCCUCCGGGAGGGGGAGCUGCUGGACCAGUUCACUAGUCUACGCCAACUCCUCGACCUGAUCACCGGCUGGGACUGGUCGUCCUACCUCCACGACAUCAACAUGGAGGGCAACAAGUACAACCUCGUAACACCCCGAGACGCCGCCACGCUCCUUGAAAAGCUGAAGGAAGCAGAGUCGAAAUCUUCUGUCUUUGCUGUCUUGAAGAAGAACGAGAGGGACAGGAGGAAGCUGCUCGAUACCGUUUUGAAGCAGUUGAAACAGCUGCAAAAUCAGGAUGGCUAGGUCACCUAGGUAAAAAACUUACCUAAUAGUUUUCGUGAAGGUUUGUACUCAUGUCAAAGCUAAGAUUCACACGGAUGCGUCGCCAAAAAGGCGCUCAUGCAAAAAUGCACUGAGUUGACAUCUGUCACCGUACCCGUGCGGUUUGAAAAUAUUACCUAUAUAUAACUCAAAUAUCUUGCAAAAUAGUACUGAGAAACACUAUAACUACUACUGAAUAAUACUAUAAGUAGAAGACGAUCUAAGUAGUGAACUUUGGUUGUCAAAAGUUACCACAAAACAUGUGGCAUCAUACACGCCAUCAACAUGCGAGAGCAACAUGUGUUGAAGUGGCAUGACAAAUACGAACGUUUCCGAGAAAAUACGAUGGAAAAAAUUAUGCACAUCUGUACACCAUUAUUGUAGAGUUCAGUGACGUCAUCUUCAGUUAUGAGGAUGAACGCAAUUUUUUAUUCUCUUGUCUGAUAUUAUUUAAGUAAUUUAUAAAUCAACUAAUGUAGUGAUAGAGAGCAUUUAUAGGUUUUUAGAAAUAAUAUCAAUAAAUUACUUACGUUAAAUGAUAUAUUUUAUUCAAUUUUACAUAUUUUGAAUUAUGUAAUGGCAAUUUUAUUUAUAAUAUACAUACUU